CUCAUUGGUCAAAUUUCAAUCUUCAAUCUCAAUUUUCAAUGCAUAGUCCGAUUUUGGCCUUAGAAACAUUCAAGAUCAUAGGUUUUUUGUUCCUGUCCUGCACUAAAUUGCACUAGAAUAUGCUAAAGACGCGGUUUGUUAUUGUGGAAAAAUGUCGGAUGACAAGGAAAAGGAUGAAGAAAAACCUGUAGUGCCAAAAACAGCCGUGGAUCUGCAAAGAUUGAAACUAAUGAAAUUAAUGAAGAACGUUGAUAAACCAGUUAUACUACCGGAACGUCCAAAGGCCAAGAAUACACCUUCUGUACCAGAAUUUGUUCGUAAUGUUAUGGGUAGCAGUGCUGGAGCAGGUAGUGGAGAGUUUCACGUGUACAGACAUCUGCGACGUAAGGAGUAUGCACGGCAAAAAUUUAUUCAGGAGAAAGCACAUAAGGAACAUUUAGAUGACGAAUACCAUCAGAAGUUGGAAGAGAAUAAAAGAUUAGCAGAAGAGACAACGGCAAAGAAACGUGCUAAGAGAUUGAGGAAGAAGCAGGGACGUAAGCAGAAGAAACUUAUGAAAGCUAACAAUAAGGAGGACAAUGCCAUCAUGGACGAAAAGUAUAGUGAGGACGAUAGUUCAGAUGAGAACGAAGAAACUAAAACUGUAAAAAAUAGUGAAGUAACUGAAGAAAAUGACAGUUGUCCUAAGAACGUAUCUACGAAUGAAAGUGAAGUAAUGUUAGCGACAGAAAAGGAAUCAUCAUUAUCUGUGGGAGAAAAUCAAGAAGAUACGUUAAAGACACAAUCUGAGGUAUCAAGUGAAAGUAUUCAAUGUGAAGAUGGCACUUGACAUAUAUAUUAAUGAUCAGAUAUCUCUUGUUGAAUUUGAGAUUGAUCUAGUUUCCAUUGAAUCACUCAAUGUGGAGUACACUCAAAGUCUAUGAAAAUACGAUUGACUGCACUUAUUUCACUUCUGCUUUGAUCCAUAAAAUUCAAUCUAAUGAAGAAAUAUUACUCCAAAUUUUAUCUGCACUAUAGUGGAACCAAAUUGAAGAUUUCAGUGGAAACUAGAACAUAGAUUUUUUAAAGCAAUGUAUCAGUUAC